AAUAAUGAAAGCGUCGACGGAAAAUUUGUUUUAUUGAAUUUUAGUGCAAAAAUCGCCUUUUAAAUUGAUUAAAAUACCUGCAAAACUUGAAUUGAGCCACUGUGACGCGAUUUUUAUACGAAGCGACAAGAAAAUCUUUGGAAAAUGGCUCCAACUCCGCUAGAAGGUGCCGUUGUGAAUUACACAGGUCCCACAAACGGUCAGGAUGGCAGUCGUCAAGGUUCGAUCUCGCUUGGGGUCCUAAUUGACUUUAUUGUGCAACGCACAUACCACGAUUUGACAGUGUUGGCCGAGCUGCUGCCACGAAAAACCGAUUUGGAACGCAAAAUUGAGAUUUACAACUUUUCGGCACGAACGCGGCAACUGUUCAUUCGUCUCUUGGCGCUUGUAAAAUGGGCCAAUUCCGCUUCAAAAGUCGAUAAAUGCUCGCACAUUAUGAGUUUCUUGGAUAAACAAAGCAUGUUGUUCAUCGAAACCGCUGACAUGUUAGCCCGAAUGGCUCGUGAGAUCCUAGUUAACGCCCGUUUGCCCAAUUUUCACAUCCCCGCGGCGAUUGAGGUGCUCACAACAGGCACUUAUAACAAAUUACCGGCAUGCAUCAAGGAAAAAAUAGUUCCAGCAGACCCAAUUACGGCAUCAGAGGAGAAAGUGACGCUAAAUCGCUUGGAUCAGGUCAUCCAACAUCGUUUGGUGACGGGAAAUCUCAUUCCGCAGAUGAGAAAAUUCAAAGUUGAAAAUGGAAGAGUGACUUUUACGGUCGAUCAUGAGUUCCGGGUGUCACUUACCGUCAUGGGGGAUGGUCCCAAUAUCCCCUGGCGCCUUUUGGACAUUGAUAUUUUGGUGGAAGAUCGUCAAACGGGCGACGGAAAGCCUUUGGUGCACGUCCUGCAAGUGAAUUACAUCCAUCAACUGGUGCAAGCUCGAUUAAUUGACAAUCAAAAUGCCUUGACGGAAGUUUAUAAGGUGUUGCAUUACUUUUGUCAGUCGUUGCAGCUCGAAGUGAUGUACACCCAAACGCUCCGGUUGUGUCGCGAUCGCUUGGAUGACCAUAUUCACGUCGACGACUAUGUCCCGGGUAAUAAAAUCACCGUUUCCUAUUGGCGCGAACUCAGUAACAGAGAUCCACGUUCCGAAGUCGGGUAUAAAUUGACGGUUCAAGCGGAUCCGAUCGACGGAGCGAAACCUCUGGCUGUUUAUCAUGUCCCUUCAAUUGGCGGCACGAAGGAAAGUGAAGUGGCAGAUCGUGCAGUUCGUUCCGACAUGCUCUCGAUGGAACGUUUACUCGUGCAUACGGUGUACAUUCGAAGUUUGGCCCGCCUCAACGACUUAAAAGCCGAAUUUCAGAUGUUUAUGAAGGACACGGAGUUUUUGCUGCAAGGAACUCCGGCGAUUUUAACGAUUCCCGUGCUGACCCCAUGUUUAAGAGCCGAACAAGUGCAUAUUACGGUCGAUACCCACUCGGGACGCCUCCAUUGUCACGUGCCCAAACACAUGGACUGCCCCUUUAUGGCGGAAAUGGAGACGGCAUUGAAUAACGACACCAGUAAAUUACCUGCUUUGAUCUCGGAACUGCGUUAUUGGAUCACGAAACGUCGUUGCGAGAAAACUUUGCAACAUUUACCGGCAACGUUGCACGAAAAACUUCCCCUAAUCUAUGCGGCGGACAGUCCCUUGACAAAAAUCGGCAAAAAUAAGGCAUAUCUCGAACUGCAUCGGCAUCAAAAUGUCAUCCUAAUUGUCGAGCUGCAAGAAAAAACGGAAAAUCCCUCGGAAAUGGACUACACUUUUUAUCUCGUGUCGAUUGUGCGAUCCACGGGCAACGAAAUUUCCGAUAAACCAGCAAAUACACCGGAAAAUCCCGAAGCAGAGAUGCCGAAAAUGUUCAUGAAAGUGAUGACCUUGAUCGAAUUCGAUACAUUUGCAGCGACACAUGGUCCUGGGACCUCUGUCGAAGUCACAAACAAUCAAAAACGAAAGUCGUCGGCAAUGGAUUUCGGUCCGCCACCCAAACAGACGAAACGAUAUCCGGCAUAUUUCAUUCCGGAGUUGGCGCAUGUCGUGGCGAUGUGUGAUGAAAAGUUGCCCUUCGUGCAAAUGGGACAGGAAUUGUCAAAUCGGGGUAUUCCUCAUUGCGGAUUGCAAGUAGAAGCGAAUGCCACGUCUUCGGUGAUGAAAAUUUUAUCGUUGCCGCAACCGUUGGCGCCUGUUGUGACCGCAGGAUCUGAAACGAAGACAAUGCCGGUGCCCGUGAUCGAUAAAACUAUCUGGGAUUCCAUUCGGAAACGGCUUUUAUCGGUUUCGGUGAGGACCAUUGUCAAUAAAAAUUAUCCGACGCGAUCGUGGAUGUUUGAAUUGAUAUUUUUCGGGUCGCCAAUUCAAAGUACGUCGCAUAAGGAGCAGGGGAAACGUCGAUCUGUGGUGUUGCAACAUGAUAUGAGUGCUGCGAAUUCUGUCGGUGACACCGUCGAUGCUUUCCUGAGUGACUGGGCACGCAUCGUGUACCUCUAUUCGCUCGUGUCGGACUUUAAUGAGCUCUACAGCAGCGAUAAAUACAACUUGCGGAACAUUGUGACGGUCAAAUCGUACAAUUACACGACCCUGUGCCUGGCUUACGGGCCAAAUAAGGAGAUAAAGUUGAAUAUUUGGUGGUGCACGCGAAGCAAGGAGUUCAAAACGAUGUUCCACGGUGACAGUGCCGCCAUUAAUUCGCACAGUAUUAUGCGGGAUCAGCUCCAGGCGCAUCUCAAUCACAAUUAUAACUUGGCUCAGCUGGUGCAUACGUUGCACGAAACGUACCAACCGUUGACUUCCAUCGCGAAAUUGCAGAUUUUGCCGCAUCUUGGCAUCACAGCGGUAAAUCCCAAGAUUGCGGUGUUGAGUUUUUGCAUAAUUGCGCAAUCGCCGACGAUGAUUCGGAUUUCGUACCAAGAAACGUACUGCUUGGAGAUCCGUUUUCGUGGCAGUGGCUUGGUUUCUAUUCGCGACGGGGCUUAUUCGAGAUUCGCUGGCAGUAAUGUCGUUGGGGAGUGGUUGGUUAUUGGCGGUUUGAAGGGUUUCCUCUCGAAAUACGUCGACGAAAAUGCGGUUUAUCGACGUCGCAGUCAAUCCGAAGACGAUAAUCCGCCGUCGCCGACGUUGGAAGAAGUGCAAGGCGGACCACAUUCAGUCGGAUCUUCUUUCCUCACAUCGGGAUUGCGAGGCCCACAAAGUCCCCGAGAUCCAAAUGUGAGAUUUACUGCUCCAAUGACGCCGCCAUCCGGGUCGAAUCCACACACGCCAGCCAGUCCAAUGUCGCAACAACACGCAAUGACCGGGCAACAACAUCCGAAUUUUAAUUUGACGUCGCCUCCGUCGGCGCCACAUUUGGCACAUCCAUCACCGGGUAAUAUUAUGCCGGCGUCGCCUUUGAAUCCGCAACCGAGUCCAUUGGCGGCACAUUCGCCCGGACCGAAUACGUUGUCGUACAUGCAGGGACACACAGAUAGCCCGUUUGCGGCAUUGUCACCAGCAGCAUGGCCCGGAUCUCCGGGAAUGCCGAGACCAUCGCCGCGGGCAGGACAAAGUCCGGAUCAUAGAUCUCAGAUAACAAUUAGUACUCACAUGUCUCGCGUGCUUCCAUCGACCCGAACGUAUGCCGGAAGUGUUCCAACUCUCCUCACGCACGAGGCGCUCGAUCAACUUUGUCGCGCCAGUCCGCAUCCCCAAAAGGAAAUAUCCAACAUCGAAAUGAGCCCCAUCGAGAGAUUCCUCGGUUGCGUUUACAUGCGACGACAAUUGCAACGUCUCAUCAACAGCGAGGACUUUUUAACGCCGAUCACGUCAAACGAACCCGGCAAAAUCAUGUUUAAGGCGGAUUGUCUUCAGUGUCAAGUCUACUUGAAUCCGAAUCACAUGCAAUCGCUCCACAUGAAAGUAACGCAAGUCCCGUCUCCCGAUGGCAGUCAACGAUUCCCAUGGAGCCCCGAUGACUUGCAAGUCUUGGAACAAUUCUUCGAUACUCGUGUUGCGGCACCUCCGUAUCGCUACAACGAAUUGAGCGGCUUUAUGCGGAUGUUUAGUGUGCCGCCGCAUGUGCUAAAGGACUUUAUUCAGAUCAUGCGGUGCGAGUUGAUGCCCGAACUCACGCAAGGAUGUCGUUGGAACGUUUCAUUUUGCUUGCGAGUACCUCCAGCUGCGGCACCUAUUGUUCCUAUUGGCACGCCCGGCGUCAUUAUUCGGAUCAAAAUUCUGUUUUUCUUACAACUCACUCGUGUUCCUUACAUGCAAGGACAGGAUUGGAAAAAUACACCCACUCUCAUUCUUCCGAUGCUUUAUGAUGUGCAAACAAAUCUGACGCAACUUGUGGAACGACGCGAAGGACCAAUGUCGAUGCCCAUGCAAGCGGUCAGCAUGAAAUUACGCAGUUUUGCGACGGAAUUCCAGCAACAACAAAUGGCUGGACAAAAUGAAUGUUCGAUUUUCCCCGCAAUUCGGGACUUGAUGAUGAAUUUGAUGCCGCAAAAUGAUCAACCGCCUCCACAAAACCCGAUGCAGAGUCCUAUGCAAGUGAAUCCAAUGGCACAACAAGUGAUGGCCGCAUCAAGCCCAAACCCGAAUAUCAUGCACCAAUCAUCGCCCAUGGCUGCGCCUCACACACCACAGGGACAACCGCACACGCCUGGGCAACAAUAAAUUUAGUUCUAAAGUAUAAA